UGUUCUAGACUCCACCACCACCACCGUCUCGCCCCUGCCUGCCGUCUCGCCCCUGCCUGCCGUCUCGCCCCUGCCUGCCGUCUCACCCCUGCCGGCUACAGCCUCCCCUCUCACACUCCUCGCCUCCAUCUCGCACCGCAUGGGCCUCGCUCCCACCCCCCCUGCCCCCGCUGCCCCUGCUGUGGAGCAGCGUGGCGAGGGGAAGGGAGAGGGGGGGCACAAGGAGGCAGCGGAGGCAGCAGCAGGGGGGGCAGGCAAAGGGGUAUCAGCGGAGGCGAUUCAACGCCUGCUCUGGACUGACGGCGAGCCCACCGCCGUCCCUGCCUCUGCCGCUGCAGCCGCCCCUGAUACCGCUGCCGAACCUGCUGCAACUGCCGACCCUGCUGCUGCCGGUGCCGCAGCUGCGGCAUUGCCAGGGGACGCCACUUCCCCCAGCAGGGGCCAGGCGCUGGACGAGGUGAAGCGCAGCCUCGCCGCUUCCAUGGGCGCUGCUGGUGGGGGCGGAGAUCCCCGCACUGCUGCAGCGAGCGGUGCAAGCAGCGCACCUCAGGAGUCCACCCCCUUGGAUGCCAAGGCCCCUGGGGCGGAAGCACCCGGAGCAAGUGGCGGGGCAGCGGCUGCACCGCCUGCCUCGGCUGUGCGUGCAGCGCCGGCAUCGCUGCUGCAGUGGUCGUCCAGCGAUGUGCUGCACUGGCUGCGCUCCUCCGUGCCCUUCCGCUCCGCCCCCGCCUCCCACUAUGCCGCUGAUUUUGAGAAGGCGGGGGUGGAGGGGAUCACACUGGUGGGCAUGACACGUGGCCACCCUGCAUUGGCCAACAUGCGCCCUGCUGACCUGGUGGCGUUCGAGGUGGAGCGCCGGCGUGUCGUGGCGGCACAUGCAGCAGGCCAGGCUGCACCAGAGCUCGCCGCACGGCCCGCCACAGCAGUGGGGGUCACUGGGAUGGACUCGCAGCAGCUCAGGCCUGGACAGGCAGGGCAGCAGCAGCAGCAGCAGCAGCAGCAGGCGAAGCUGGUGCCGCCGCGGCAGUUCCGUGCUCUGCAUCUGGACGGCUUCUCCUCUGCCAGCUCGCGAGCCACAACUCCAGCCGACACACCCCACUCCACGGACUCUCGCAUACUCAACCCUGUCCCCGCCCGUCCUGCCACUGCUGCUGCCGGCAGCGGUGGUGUGGGGGGGCAGAAGAAGGGGGCAGUGAGCAGUGGCGGGGGCGGCGGGUGGCUGUUUGGGUGGAGCAGUGGCGCUACCAAGGACAGCCCCGCCAGUGCCGAGGCGGUGGAGGCAAGGGACGAGGUGGCAGCAGCGGAGGAGAGAGAGCAGACAGCCAAAGCCAAGCUGUCACAUCUGGAUGCCAUGCUCAAGCGAUCGCUGCUUGUCGAGUACCUUCACACACGCCAGCGGUGGGCGCCCAUGGGGGGCGAGGGGCCCCUGCCAGUGGACGACCCUGAAGCAGAGGAUGAGUGGCUGCCACACUUCGUUGCUCUCUCCGCCAAUGAGGUUUCCUGCUACCGCCAGGCCUCAGACCUGGACCCCGAGGUGAGCAUCCCGUUGGACAGUGUGGCGGCAGCAGGGACACUGGAGGCAGGGGGGGAGGCGGGGGAGGAGGCAGAGGACUGGCUGGUGUUCCACCUCACCACGGGGUACGGGCUGCGCCUCGAAUGUGCCACUCGCAGCCGCGUCAAGCUGCAAUUGUGGCUUGCAACCAUUCACGAGGCGGUGGAGAAUGUCGCCAUGAGGAAGCAAAGAGGAAGGCCUCGAUCCGCAGCUAGUGGAGGUCGCUGA